AUGGGGAGACUCCAGCACUUCCAACAAGACCUAUAUUCACGAGAACGCCCAAGCGGCUUCACUUCCUAUCCGCUGGUGAUGAUGCUCGGACCUCCACACUUCCAGUGGCACCAACCCCAUGAGGCCCACGGCCCACAGCCCCAGGAGACAUCUCAGCGCCUGCCUGGAGACUCUCAGCCUGGGGGCUGGCAAAGGCCUUUAAGGCAGAGCAGGAACCAUGGGCCAUCUGACCCCUUCGAGAAGCACGCCUCUCAGAGUCUGCAGCCCAGCCCCAAAACCAGGGACAAGCCUCACAGCCAGGAGGAGAAGGCUGUGCCAAGUCCUGCUCUCACGGACCACGACUUCGAGACUCGCGUCGGCGACACGGGCUCUGCGAGCCGCAUGCUCGUCGAGUUUUUCGCCCCCUGGUGUGCACGCUGCAAGAGGCUUGCCCCGGAAUCUGAAGCUGCAGCUCCCAGAUUAAAAGGAAUAGUCCCAUUAGCAAAGGCUGACUGUACUGCCAACACAGACACCUGUAAUAAAUAUGGGGUCCGUGGAUAUCCAACUCUGGAGGUAUUUAGAGAUGGUGAAGAAGCAGGUGCUUAUGAUGGCCCUAGGACCGCAGAUGAAAUUGUCAGCCACUUGAAGAAGCAGGCGGGACCAGCUUCAGUUCCUCUCAGGACUGAGAAAGAAUUUGAGAAGUUCAUUAACGAUGAAGACUCCUCUGUGGUGGGAUUUUUCAAGGAUUUAUUCAGCGAAGCUCACUCUGAGUUCCUAAAAGCAGCCAGCAACAUGAGGGAUAACUACCGAUUUGCACACACCAAUGUGGAAUCUCUGAUAAACAAGUAUAAUGAUAAUGGAGAGGGAAUCAGCUUGUUUCGUCCUUCACAUCUAAUUAGCAAGUUUGAGGACCAGAUAGUGGCAUACACAGAACAUAAAAUGACCAGUGGCAAGAUUAAAAAAUUUAUCCAGGAAAAUAUUUUUGGUAUCUGCCCUCACAUGGCAGAAGAUAAUAAAGAUGUGAUACAGGGCAAGGACUUACUUGUGGCUUACUAUGAUGUGGACUAUGAAAAGAAUACUAAAGUUUCCAACUACUGGAGAAACAGAGUGAUGAUGGUGGCAAAGAAAUUUCUGGAUGCCGGACAUAAACUCAACUUUGCCGUAGCUAGCCGCAAAACCUUUAGCCAUGAACUUUCCGAUUUUGGCUUGGAGAGCACUACUGGAGAGAUUCCUGUUGUUGCCAUCAGAACUGCUAAAGGAGAGAAGUUUAUCAUGCAGGAGGAAUUCUCACGUGAUGGUAAAGCUCUUGAGAGGUUCUUACAAGAUUACUUUGAUGGCAACCUGAAGAGAUACCAGUCUGAGCCUAUCCCAGAGAGCAACGAUGGACCUGUGAAAGUAGUAGUAGCAGAGAAUUUUGAUGAAAUAGUGAACAAUGAAAAUAAAGAUGUGCUGAUUGAAUUUUAUGCCCCUUGGUGUGGUUACUGUAAGAAUCUGGAGCCCAAGUAUAAAGAACUGGGAGAGAAGCGCAGCAAAGAUCCAAAUAAUGUCAUAGCCAAGAUGGAUGCCACAGCCAAUGAUGUGCCUUUACCAUAUGAAGUCAGAGGUUUUCCUACUAUCUACUUCUCUCCAGCCAACCAGAAGCUAAAUCCAAAGAAAUGUGAAGGUGGCCGUGAAUUAAGUGAUUUUAUUAGCUACCACCGGCGAGAGGCUACAAACCCCCCUAUAAUUCAAGAAGAAAAACCCAAGAAGAAGAAGGCGGCACAGGAGGAUCUCUAAAGCAGCAGCCAAACAUUUCACUUAUAAAAGAACUUUUCCACCAGA